UUUUUCUUGGAAUUUGUGCAGUAUUUUAUACGUUAUUGUUACCGCUUGAUAUUUUCAAAAUGCUCCGAAGUGUAUUGCGUGGGAUUUCGUUCGCAACCUCGAAACCAUCAAGAUGUCUCUUCUUAUCCUUGAGGUCCACUCAUUAUGAUAUCACCCGUAAACCCACUUCCCAAGCCGAUAACAUGAUGGACAUCGGAACACGACCGAUUUUUACAGCUGAUCAGGAUAUUUUCCGUCAGUCAGUGCGGAAGUGGUUUCAAGAAGAAGCUCUGCCGCAUUUGGAAAAACAUGAAAAGCAAGGAGAUGUUGGGCGCGAGUUAUGGCAGAAAGCUGGUGAGCAGGGCUUUCUGGGAAUCAAUGUGCCUGAGGAUUGUGGAGGAAUGGGUGGUUCUUACUUGGAUAGCUGCAUCGUCUCUGAGGAA